AUGCCGUCCACCCGUCUCUACGCCAAGGGCCGCGUCACUGGCUUCCAGCGCGCCAAGAGGAACCAGCGGACCAACACCUCGCUCGUCCAGGUCGAGGGCGUUGCUGACGCCAAGGAGGCCCAGUGGUACCUCGGCAAGCGCGUCGCCUACGUCUACACGGCGCAGAAGGCGAUCGGCGGCUCCAAGGUCCGCAUCAUCUGGGGCAAGGUCACCCGCCCCCACGGCAAGUCGGGUAUGGUUCGCGCCAAGUUCCGCCAGAACCUCCCGCCCAAGGCCUUCGGCCACUCGGUCCGCAUCAUGCUCUACCCCUCGAACAUCUAA